UCACCAGAGAAAAGACGGGUUCUUCUCUUCUUCUCUCUUCUCAUUACUGUUAAGACAAACUUGUCUCUGUGUCAUUUUGGAGCUGCUCGAGCUAGCUUAGCAUGCUAGCUGCUAACAAAGACGCGGAAGUGAUCAACAUCGCUAAGCAGAGAUCAAGAGUGGCACUCCAGGAUGGAGCAGGAGGAUCCACAACCCCACAUUAAAGAGGAAGAGGAGGGGCCCCAGCCCCCCCACAUUAAAGAGGAAGAGGAGGGGCCCCAGCCCCCCCACAUUAAAGAGGAGGAGGAGGAGCACAGCAUCAGCCAGGAGGGAGAGCAUCCGGAAGGACCGGAGGAGUUCCCAGUGAUCGGUGUCAUUGUGAAGAGUGAAGAUGAUGAAGACGACGGUGAAGGUGAGGAGAAGAGAGAGGCGGAGCCUCCAACAGAAGCUGAUGGAGACCACUGUGGAGGAUCACCAGCAGACAAGCUCUUAGCUCCACUAUCAGAUAGUGAGCACACGACGUCACACUCUCCUGACACUGAUGAUGAUGAUGAUGAAGACUCUACAGCUGAUAUGACAUGUCACCCUGACAACACACGCUUGAAAUGCCACCACUGUGACAAGAGCUUCCUUCACCGCAGCACUCUCAACAUACACAUGAGAAGCCACACCGGAGAGAAACCGUUUGCCUGCUCAUUUUGUCACCAAACGUUCUCUAGGAAGUCAAAUCUAAUAACGCACACAAGAAGACACACCGGAGAGAAACCAUUCGCCUGUUCUGUGUGUGGUUUGGGUUUUGUCCGAAAUCAACAUCUGAUAGCACACGUGAGGAAACACACUGGAGAGAAACCUUUCACCUGUUCUGUGUGCGGCGUAGGUUUUGGACAAAAUCAUAGUUUGAAAACACACAUGAGGAAACACACCGGAGAGAAACCUUUUACUUGUUCUGUCUGUGGUUUGGGUUUUGUGCAAAGUCAGCAGUUGAAAGUCCACACGAGGAAACACACCGGAGAGAAACCUUUCUCCUGUUCAAUCUGUGGGAUAGGCUUUGGACAGAAGCAGCUGUUGAAAAGACACACGAGGAAACACGCGGGAGAAAAACCUCAUUCCUGCCCCGUCUGCAGCAAAAGCUUCUUAGACCGAACAACACUCGUAACGCACAUGAGGAGACACACGGGGGAGAAGGUGUUUGGCUGCGGUGUGUGUGGAGAAAGGUUCUCCUACAAGUACCAGCUCAGCACUCACACGUGUGCUCCUGGGAGCGGCGGCGUGAUGCCAAAUCCUGAACCUGAACAUCAUCACAAGGUCACAUGAUUGCCAACCUUUAUUGCUGUCCAGGAAGAACAAUAAAAUCCCGAUCAGCCAAUCGUAGGGCUUUAUUCAUGUCAGAUGAAGAGCAAAUGACCAAAGCUGUUGGAGGACCCAGUCUAGGACUCUGGUCUGGGACCCAGUUCCAACACUCAAUUCUA